AUGGGGAUCGCCAGCGUAAUUGAGCCCUUGAAAGAGGCGGCUGCAACCUAUUGGGUUGUGAUCUCAGCGAUAACCGUAUCCGUCUAUGCCCUUUUCCGAUGCAUCUACAACCUAUACUUUCACCCCUUAGCAAAAUACCCAGGGCCAAAGAUUGCCGCCGUCUCCAAUUCCUGGUAUGCAUACCAAUGGAUAACUGGGAGGUACCCGAUAGUAAUAGCAGAGACCCUAAAACAAUAUGGUGAUGUGGUCCGUAUAGGUCCGAACAUACUUGUGUUCAUCACGCCCAAGGCGGCUGCCGAUACUUAUAUCCCCUCAGUCAAGGGACUAGAAUAUUUCCCAAAGGCGGAUUUUAUUAGCCUUGGCUGGCCAGACCAGGGUAUCACUUGGGAGACUGACCCCGUCAGACACCAUCAGAAGGCCAAAUGGCUCUUACCAGCGUUCAGUGCCAAAUCACUGAAGGAAAAGGAAUGGGUCAUGCACAAAUACACUGACAUCUUUGUUAAAAGUAUGAAGGAGUUGGGAGGCCAGGAUAAGGGCAUCGAGCUUAAACAGUGGGCGGACUGGCUCGCCAUGGACAUAGCGGCCGAUCUAGGAUAUAGCCGCGAGAUGCAUCAGCUUGAAGAAAUGAGACCUUCGCCCUACCUAGCGUCCAUCUGGGCCGCCAACUUCUUCGUCACAAUGCACACCAACGCCAAGAAAUUCCCCUUACUCAGCUGGAUGCAGUACUUCUCCGUGCCACCCUCAGUAAUCGGGAGCUACGUCAAAGCCAUCGGCGCAAACCGCGCAGCGUUCAUGAAGCGCGUCGAAGCUCGCGGCAAGACCCUGCGUCCCGACCACUUCGACAAGCUGCUCCCCGCCGGCUCACCCAUGCCUUCCAAGGCGGAUCUGCAGUCGUUGGAGACGGUGUGUCUUCACUUGCUCCUAGCGGGGUAUGAGCCGAUUUCUAGCUCGUUCCUCUGCAUCGUUGCGUACUCUCUGCAGCACGAGGAGAGCUACACACGAUUAGUCAGCGAGAUUAGAGGCGCGUUCGAGAACUAUGAGGAUAUCACGGUGGAGGGUGUGGUGCAGCUCAAGUUCCUGCAUGCUACGGUUAUGGAGCAAUUGCGCGUGGCGGUCGUGGGGGCCACGGGCCAGCCGCGCGUCAGUCCGGGGGCAACGGUUGAUGGGCAUUACAUCCCGAAAGGAGUCGAAAUCCAAUACGCCAACUACGCCUUCACGCGGGACCCGCGCUACUUCCACGACGCCUACAGCUUCCGCCCACAGCGCUGGUUACCGCAGGACCACCCUUACUAUGACCCCGUCUACGCCAAGGACGCAAGGGACGACUUCCACCCGUGGAGCCAGGGCGUCAGAUCGUGCCCGGGCAUGGUGCUGUCGCUGCAGGAGACGAAGCUGAUCGUUGCGAAGGUGCUCUGGAGCUUCGACGUGGAGAUGCUGCCGGGCCAGCACGUGGAGUACGAGAGGGACUUCAGGAUGUACGGGAUGCUGGAGAAGCCGGAUCUUUGGGACAUGGGAAAAUGGGAGAAUUAA